CAUUGCAAACAACACCGCACGUCUAUAAAAGGCUGCCGUCUCGUUGAUACACAAACGAAUGGAUCUAAAUUAAAGUUGUGACAUUUUAUUCAUGGCUGCCAGAUGAGGUACAUGCUCCUGUAGACCGAUGGCGCCGGGCGACGUGGUGCCGGAGCACGCCAAGCAGCCCAAGCAGCCCAAGCCCAAGGAGAAGCGGCCCGUCUCCAAGGCCCUGAAGGCGGAGUGCGAUGCGGACGGCUCCUUCGUGUUCGAGGCCCACGAGGCCUGGAAGGACUUCCACAACUCCCUGCGCCACUUCUACGAAGUCGGGGAGCUCUGUGACGUCACGCUGAAGGUGGGCAGCAGGCUGAUACCAUGCCACAAGCUGGUCCUGGCCUGCGUCAUCCCCUACUUCAGGGCCAUGUUCCUGUCGGAGAUGGCGGAGGCCAAGCAGGAGCUGAUCGAGAUCAAGGACUUUGACGGGGACGCCAUCCACGACCUGGUGCACUUUGCCUACUCGUCCCGGCUCAUCCUGACCGUGGACAACGUCCAGCCGCUGCUGUACGCCGCCUGCAUCCUCCAGGUGGAGCUGGUGGCGCGGGCCUGCUGUGAGUACAUGAAGGCCCACUUCCACCCCAGCAACUGCCUGGCGGUGCGCACCUUCGCCGAGAGCCACAACCGCGUGGACCUGAUGGACAUGGCGGACCGCUACGCCUGCGAGCACUUCUGCGCCGUGGUGGAGUGCGAGGACUUCCCGUGCGUGUCGCCGCAGCACCUGCGCACGCUGCUGUCGUCGGGCGAGCUCAACAUCCACGCCGAGGCGCAGGUGUACAGCGCCGCCGUCAAGUGGCUGGCCGCCAACCCCCAGCACCACGAGGCCUGGCUGGACCAGAUCCUGUCUCAGGUGCGCCUGCCGCUGCUCCCCGUGGACUUCCUGACGGGGACGGUGGCCAAGGAGGAGAUGAUCAAAGGGAACCUGAGCUGCCGGGACCUGCUGGACGAGGCCAGGAACUACCACCUCCACCUCAGCAACAAGGUGGUGCCCGACUUUGAGUACUCGGUCCGCACCACGCCCAGGAAACACACGGCAGGCGUCCUGUUCUGCGUGGGCGGCCGCGGCGGCUCUGGAGACCCGUUCCGCAGCAUCGAGUGCUACUCCAUCACCAAGAACAGCUGGUUCUUCGGGCCCGAGAUGAACAGCCGAAGACGCCAUGUUGGAGUCAUCUCUGUCGGAGGGAAGGUGUAUGCCGUGGGAGGUCACGACGGCAGUGAGCACCUGGGCAACAUGGAGAUGUUUGACCCCCUCACCAACAAGUGGAUGAUGAUGGCCUCCAUGAACACCAAGAGGCGGGGCAUCGCGCUUGCGGCGCUGGGCGGUCCGAUCUACGCCAUCGGAGGCCUGGACGACAACUCGUGCUUCAACGACGUGGAGCGCUACGACAUCGAGAGCGACCGCUGGAGCGCCGUGGCCCCCAUGAACACGCCCCGCGGCGGGGUCGGCUCCGUGGCCCUGGGGAGCCACAUGUACGCAGUAGGGGGCAACGACGGGGUGGCGUCCCUGUCCAGCGUGGAGCGCUUCGACCCCCACCUCAACAAGUGGACGGAGGUGACGGAGAUGGGCCAGCGGAGGGCCGGCAACGGCGUCAGCAAGCUCAACGGGUGUCUGUAUGUCGUCGGCGGCUUCGAUGACAACUCCCCUCUGAGCUCGGUCGAGCGGUUUGACCCGCGCUCCAACGACUGGGAGUACGUGUCGGAGCUGACCACGCCGCGGGGCGGGGUCGGCGUCUCCACGGUGAUGGGCCGGGUGUUCGCCGUGGGCGGGCACAACGGCAACAUCUACCUGAACACGGUGGAGGCGUUCGAGCCGCGCAUGAACCGGUGGGAGCUGGUGGGCUCGGUGUCCCACUGCCGUGCGGGGGCUGGCGUGGCCGUCUGCCUCUCCCACAUCAGCCAGAUCAGAGACGUGGGCCUGGGCUCCAGCAACGUGGUCAACUGCAUGUGAUAGCGGGCCGGGUAAAACUCCAUAUCCCAUGGAACCCGAUGGCCACAGCACUCGAUCACACCCAGACCCCCACAGCACUCGAUCACACCCAGACCCCCACACUCCCAUUGACUCCGAGUCAAUGUCCGCAUCGCAAUCCCUUUUGUUUGGGUUUAUCUUAGGGUUUCCUCACAGAAAAAAACACUUUGCACACAAACUUAUGACAUUUCUUUCGCUCUCGCAGACGGCGAAGACUUGAGUCCUGAGGAGGAUUCCUUUGCAGCGUAUUUUUAGGGAUCUGCGCUGUCUAUAUUGUGUUUUAUGAAUGCGUUAUCAAUCUGAAGCCAUGUCUGAAGCCUUCCUCUUUUGAGAAGGACUUCCCCUCCUGGGUCUUUCCCCGCCCGCUCGCGACCCCCCCCCCCGUUCAGUGAUGUGUUUAUUGUGUUACCUUGUCCUUCUGCUUCCUUGGUUUGACCUCUUGCCAGUAAGUGUUGUUUUGUUAUUUUAAUAAGGGAAAACGUUCACAGACAUUAAGCGUUGCUUCCUGGACCAACUAUAAGCCUGUCAGAAGAGUACAAAACUAUCUCUUUAACCUUUCGUUUGACCCCUUUCUAGAGAUUGCACUUAUAACCCUCCCGCUCGGAUCAUCGACGGGAGGCUCAUGCUGGCGAGAACGUCACCAACACGCAGGAACAACCGAUUUCAGUUAAUUUUGUACUUUGUGCAGUUGUUUACGUAUUCGAAAUAUCUUGCAAAACGAGGGACGGUCGGCCAUUUUGGAUCAGGGGGGGGUGGAUCUCGUUCUUUGUGCUCUUUUCGACAGGGCCGCCCACAUCACAAGGGCCGCUGCUUGUCCUGGCAACAACCGUCCCCGGGGUGCGUUGCUAGCUGCUGGGCUCAAUAAAACAAUCUGCAGAGGUCAAUCCGAGUUGUCAGGGAAUCCUAAACCUUGAUUUGUUUUCUGUGUCAGGUAGCUUGACGAUAGCAGGUCUGUUCGUAACCCUUUAGUCAUGUAAGUGAUGACAUUCAAAAAAAAGAAUUGAGGUGUCUCUCUGCCUAAAGAUACAAGUAUAUUUUAAUAUAUAUUAUAUAUAUAUAUAGACACACGUAUAUAUAUAUAAAUAUAUAUGUUUUUUGUAGGAUGAAUGGGGUGUAUCUUUUGUGGCGUUUGAUUUGAUGGGUUAGCCGUAGCUAGGCACUGAUCUAUAGUACAUGGCAAGUUUGUUCUUUUGUGGGAUUUGAUUAAAUUGUUUUUCAAUUGAUUUCGUAUUUCCUUCUUUUUUUUUUACUAUUUGUUGGAAGACUUUUGGAUUAUGUUUCAGGCAUUUUGGAUGAUCCGUUUUUGAUACAGCCUGACUGAAUGGGGUUAUUUUGAGUUAUGCUGACAUUAUGAGGUAUUUUUUGAUGGUGGUAGCAUGGUGUAUCUACUUGCCAAUUUGUUUAAAAUAAGUGUAAAAGGAUUGCUGUUCUACCCAUUUGUUAUUCCCAUUCCUCCUUUUGGAUUGCUUGAGUCUUAUUACGUUAACCUAUUUGAUGUCAUUGGUUCUAAUAAAUUUAAGCAUUGAAUAAGAGAAGUCUUUUCUCCCUUUGGAGUUCAUUUUUUACUUGCAACUCUAAACACAACUGUUUGAGCCCUUGAACGGUUUUUCAGGAGCUAAUGGGCGCGGAGGAGGAAAAUAAAUAAACUGUUUAUGUUCAAUGUAGAUGGCCAUUUAAAAUGCUGAAUUCAGACCAUAGUAAUAGAUUUCAGAUACAUGUGAUUACCCUUUCUAAUCUUUCCUCUUGUGUCAUUAUGUUAAAGUACCACUUCACCGUAGCAUUUAUUUAUGUUAUUAGACAUCUUUUUCUGGACUUUGAGUUUUGAUUGUCUGAAGUUUACUUUUGAUAAUGAAAAUUGUAUUUGCCAAGAUAAGAAUAUAUAUAUUUUUGUAUUAGUAAUAAGUUUCUCUAUAUAGCAAACAUUACUCCUUUCAGAGUAAUGUUAUGUAUAUGUGGAGCCAAGCAAGUAUUUGAAUGCACUUCAAAUCAAGUUCCGUUUGAUAUUCAGUUUCAGUUUCAAAUUCAAAUCAAAUUGUAUAACGCCAUUUGUAAUUUUGUCUAUACCUUGUUUUGCAGCUUUUCUUUGACCUUGUAAUGGACAUCAUUUACCAAUGUUAUGGUCAUAAAAUUGUUGUAUCUUCUGACACUCCUAGCAUCCCUUAAAGGAUGGAUCCAGUCCUUCAGUCAGCAGUCAGGUGGCCUCUCCUGUAUUUACAGCAGUCAGUCUUUGGACUCUGGGAAAGAGGGAGGUUAGAAAACCAGUUUCGAAAGGACUGGAUACUCAUAACGCUGGUCAAUUAGCAGCUUGUAGUACACCAGGCCAAGUGACUGUUCGUGAACACUUCCAAAAAGACGCAUCUUGUGGGAUGUGUGGGGAUAGGCUGUAAGAGCCCAACCGACAAGAACGCAUCGCCUUGUUGGGUGAACCUGAAGAAUGCUGCUGAGAAUCCUCUCCCUUUAUGCCUUGCUUGCUUGUGGUAAGACUUUUAUUUUGAAAUGUUUUAAUUUGAUAUGAUCUCGUAGAUAGUACCUGCCCCAAACAGACAGCACACAGGCUCAGGUACAGUUGGACAAAACUAAUGUAUGUGCAAGUGUUUUAAAGGGAUUUUUAGAUUUGUUUUAUGUGUGCAUUCAUAAUGUUGUGCACAAGUGUAAUCUGUUUCUGUAUAAUUUGAGAUAUGCAUUUAUAUAAUCAGUUGGUGUUAAAUACAUUGUUUUUUUAAAGAACGAUCUACUGAGUUUGUUGACAAGUGUUAUUUGCCCAAAAAUGUUUCAUACUUUUACAACAGAUAUCUAUAUUGCAUUAACUACAGGGACUAAAGCUAAAAAGCAUCUAGAUUAGAUACAACUUUAGAUAUUUAUCUACUAGAGAUUAUAACAAGAUUAACAAAAGUUAUUAUUAGGAGUGUAAAAAGGAAAACUGUUCAGAACUCAACUCAAAAGUUGAAAUGGACAGAAAGGUUAUUGGCAUGUAAUUUAGGGGAAAAGUUUAACCAUUUAUUGUAUCUAUUCCAUCAUGUUUUUUCUCUACAAAUUUUUUAUGGUAAAUAUCGAUUUCUAGCUUUUCUGCUGAGUUUAUUCGCAUGGAAUAAUGAAUUGUUAUGAUUGAGAUUGGAAUUAAGGAAUAGUAAAGAAUCUCUCCUGCUGAUCUUUGACUCCUGUAAAGUCAUUAAAAAUGCCCAAAACAUGUGAUCUUCCUGUCACGUUGUUAAAGUCAAACAUUACCGCUAAAGGUUCCUCAUCUUAAAGGUGUGGACGUUUUGGAUUUUAAGAACCAUAAUGCUGCAUGUUUAUGAUGAAUAUAUAGAUUUAAUGAAUGACAACUUCAUUGUUAAACGACCAACCUUAAAGGUGCACACAAGCAUCUAUACUGUUUUACAGUCCUCGACUGAGAGUCGAUUAGAACAAAAGUGUUGACCUCGGCCGCACGAAUGGCACUGGAUAAAAUAAGCAAUACUACAUAGAACCUUUUAAAACCAAUUUUACGAAGGGCUCACCGAAGAAAAGCAGUAAU